AUGAUUCCAGGAGAAGAGAAAAUUUACACGUCAUCUGAUACAAUGAUUGAUGAGGGAGAAAGCGUUAAUUUUACUACUGAAUUUUUGAAUUCAUUAAAUGUUCCAGGAAUGCCAUUACACUGUCUUAAAUUAAAAAUUGGUUCACCAGUUAUUUUAUUACGAAAUCUGAACUCGUCGAAACUGUGCAAUGGUACGAGACUUUGCAUCAAACAAUUACAGAAUAACAUCAUCGAAGCCAGUAUAAUGACUGGUAAAGAGAAAGGACAGACAGUAUUUAUACCACGAAUACCUUUAAUAUCAAAUGGAUUGCCCUUUACUUUUAAACGGUUACAAUUCCCGGUAAAGUUGGCUUACAGUAUUACUGUGAAUAAAGCACAGGGUCAAAUAUUUCAGUAUUGUGGCGUUGACUUAAAGGAACCAUGCUUUGCACAUGCUCACAUAUGUCGCAUGCUCACGAGUUGGAUCAUUUCAACAUUUAUUUAUUUACAGUCCAAACAACAGAACUAUAAAUGUAGUGUAUAAGCAAAUAUUAUAAAGAUAAAUUUAAAACAAAAAAAAAAAAACUAAAAUAACAAAUGUAAAUAUGUAAUAGUAUUAAUGUAUAAUGUUUCAUGUAAUCUGUAUAUGAAUGAUAUGAUGUAUGGACAAUUAUAUAAAUAAAACGAAAAAUUUUAUAUUUACUAAAUUCUUUCUUGACAUUAUUUCGAUUCACUAAUUAUUAGUCUAUAAGAAAUACUCUAUAUACCGUAAGUUUAAUGGUCGAAUAAGUUUUAAUAUCUAAGAUAGGAAUCUAUAAUAUCUACAUUAAAAAUGUGUCUUCAUGUAUUUUUUACACCAUUAAACAUGCGGUGUAUAUUUUAACCCGUGCAACGCCGGGUUUCGCAGCUAGU